GUCGGUUUAGUUUAGUUUGUUGUGUUGUGCUCUUCACUACUGUCUUCUCUCCCUCUGUAUCUCUGUCUUUCGUUUUUCCGUCUUCGAGGCGAACGAGAUGUGUAUUGUGGUGCGCGGCCAGUGUCCAUCGUUGAGUGAAAAACAUCAAAGUCUUCUGUAGGUGGACUCGAAGGGGUCGCGAUGCCGCGCUGCCUAAUGGCCAAGAAGUGGAAAGCGUAUCCGUGGCCGGAGCGGCCUGCAGCCGAACCGCACGACGACGAGGACGAGGAGAUUGACGUCGUCGGGGACUCGACCAACUCCUGCUGGGCACCGUCGAGCCCCACGGCGGGCGCCACGGCUCCCAGCCCGCCGCCAACAUCUCCGCACGGGACUACUAUACUCUACAAUGGCUAUAUACAUGAACUUCCUUCUUCAACUUACACUACUAAUUAUAUUCCAAAAAGCGAAGUUUCCUGUCAAACGCAACCGUCGUACGCGACGUUAAGAACCGUCGUCGAAACGCAGGAUCUAAGAAGCGAGUACAGCACGCCGUCACCUGCACCAAUAAGAACGAAAAAGUCUCUGGCUAUGACAUACACUAGUACAGGGACCGCUUUAAGUUUGCCCCCAAAGAAAAAGGAUAUUUAUAGACCGUAUUCUUUGGAGGAUAAGCCUCAACCACCGUUACUAUUACCAACGAUCAGAGUUCCUGCAGAAGAAGAUUUACAUGCGGCGCAUGCAAUAUUGGAUUUGAGUGCCUCGACGACGGUUUUUCUACCACCUCCCCCACCACAGGAUCAACCACCACAACAUCAACAAUUACAUCUUGAAGACCAUCACCAAAGUCAAGAGGUACAACAAGAGACAGUGCAAGAGCAAACUAUGCCACUUUCGCCUAGUAUAAAGCCUACGAAAACAGUGGCAUACACCUACGAAGCGUUCUUCGUAAGCGAUGGCAGAUCUAAAAAGAGAUCGCCAGUGGAAGAAAUGGUUCCCUCAGUGGUUCCCAAAGUACAAGGCAACGAUAAACCAAAAUACACCUGCAGCGAGUGCGGCAAACAAUACGCGACCUCAAGCAACCUCUCAAGGCACAAGCAGACGCACAGAAGCCUGGACUCCCAAGCUGCCAAGAAAUGCAUGACCUGUGGAAAAGCAUACGUCAGCAUGCCAGCUUUGGCAAUGCACGUUCUCACACACAAACUGGCACACCGGUGUGGAGUAUGUGGAAAGCAAUUUUCCAGACCUUGGCUUUUACAGGGCCACUUAAGAUCUCACACAGGUGAAAAGCCUUACGGUUGUGCUCAUUGUGGCAAAGCCUUUGCUGAUAGGUCAAACUUAAGAGCACACAUGCAAACUCAUUCAGCAGAUAAAAACUUCGAAUGCAAUCGGUGUCACAAGACAUUCGCUUUGAAAUCGUAUCUGAACAAACACCUGGAGUCGGCUUGUCUUAAGGAAGAACCUCCCUCAUCUGUUGAGUACAACGAUGAGAUACUCGUAGAACAAAACCUUGAAGAAGUGUCAGCAUCGAACAACAUGCCAGUGCGGGUGUACGCCGGUUAAAAAAGUAUUAACAUUACCGACUAGGCCAAUAUUAUCGCAAUCAAACAGUCAUGAAAAGGUAUUAAGAGAUCAAAUCUCGCUAUAAUUGUGGCCUAGUUUUUAAAUCCUAUAUAUUUUUCAGUUAUUAAAAAACACAGUUAAGCAAUAUUUCAGUGUUCGACUAAGUCUAUCUAGUCAGCUUCUAGUCUUUUUUGUAGUUCGUAAACGCGGCACGUCCUCACCGCCCUAGAUAACUUAUGAUUUAUUAUUUUGCGAACUGAAGCCCCUUGUAAAUAUCCCUCCCAAAAAAACAAAAGUUAACACAUCGUAACACGUCCACUAAUUUAGGGUUAGAUCUAAGCUACCUUUUAGAACACCACGUCCGACAAAAUCAACGAUAAAUACCUACAACUUAAAGAUAUAAAACGCAAUUAUUUAUUUUACAACUUAAUUUGAAGGUGUAUCGCGCCUUUAAAUUUAGAUGAACUAUAAUACAACGAACAAAUUUAAAAUCUUCUAAGAAGUUUUCUUAAAAAUAAUAAUUUGAAUUUCAAUCACCACAACGGAUGUAAAUAGGCAAACUAUCAUGUUUAAAUGCACCUAGAAUAAUUCUUCUCGAUUAAAAUUACUACUUUUAUUUCAUCUUUUCAAGUUCGAAAAACUGUACGGCUAAAACAGAAAUUAAGAGAACAAUCCAAAGCUUUAAAAUUUAACUUAGAUAGUAUUUCAAAUGAUUUUACAAAUCAUUCAACAACGAACUGUUUAAGUU